UGGGUUGAUAGCUGUAUAUUCAAACAUCACAGUAAAAUGAGGUGGUCGCUGAGCUUCCGUAAGUAUAAAACUGAGUCAUAUUAAUGGCAAGCAUUCUUACACAGAGUCUGCUCUCCAAAAUAGAUCUAUCAUAGAAAUGUCUAACUGGGGAGUGACAAACACAGAUAAUCAAACCCUCCAAUACUGCUUUCCAAACAACAAUUUGUCUUGUUCCAAGAGUAUCCGACCUGAAGUGGAGUAUAUUUUUGUGUACAUUUUCGUUGCUGUAACAUCAGUGUUCACCGUGUUUCUGAACCUGUUGGUGAUCAUCUCCAUCUCACACUUCAAGCAGCUCCACACUCCCACUAAUGUGCUGAUCCUCUCUCUGGCAGUGGCUGAUCUGAUCGCAGGACUGAUUCUCAUGCCAGUGCAGGGAAUGAAACUGGUUGAGCCAUGCUGGUACUUUGGAGAAAUAUUUUGCUCAAUAUUUCCUCUUAUUCUUUAUAUGGUUCUCGUGGCAUCUCUUGGUAAUAUGAUUAUUAUAUCUGUGGAUCGAUACAUUGCUGUGAAUGAUCCUUUGCGAUAUCCAAUGAAGGUCAAUAAUAACAGAGUUGUUGUUUCUAUUGUUGUAAACUGGUUAUUCUCCUUCAUAUAUAAUUUGUAUAUGUUGUAUGAGUUUUUACUGUAUCCAGAGAGGAACCACACAUGUAUUGGUGAAUGCAUAAUUUCUUUUAAUUUGGAAAAUAUAAUACUAGAUCAUUUUGUUUGUUUAGUGGCACCUUGCUGUAUAAUUAUUCCUUUAUAUGUCAAAAUCUGCUUUGUAGCAAACUAUCAAGCUAAGCAUGUAAAUUUAGUCACAGACAAAAAGGCCAGAUCAGAAAAAAAGGCUGCAAGAACCUUAGGGAUUGUAGUACUGGUUUAUCUUCUUUGCUGGAUGCCAUACUAUUUAAUUUCUCUUUCUGCUGAGUAUGAGGAAAAUGACUCUCUUAUAAUUAAUGUAAUGGACUGGAUUGUGUGCAUGAAUUCCUGUAUGAAUCCACUUAUAUAUGCAAUGUUUUAUCGAUGGUUCAGACUGUCAGCAAAAUACAUUUUGACACUGAAAAUAUUUCAGCCUUCAUCGGCAUACUUAAAUCUGUUCCCAGAAGAGAAAUGAUCACUUACACUCUCAUGCAAGUGUAAAUGAGAUAAUGUGUCUUCAAAUGAAAUAAAACCUCCUUAUAGAACAUUAGAUGGCAUGUAACAGCUGUGUUGUUUUUUUUUUUUUUUUUGUUGUUGUUUUUUUUGUAUAUUGUGAUCAUAGUUGUGAGUGACUGUAGUAAAACUGUAGUAAUGAUGCUUGGAAGAUAGAUGUUAAAAGAAAAUUUGACAGUCACACUAUAGGUACAAUAUAUUUUGAUGCAUGGCCAUGGUAACUGUGCACCUACAGUAAAACAAUUGAGACAAAUUUCACAACAUGAGCUUAAAUGAUUGAUGAUGGACAAGAGUGAUGUUUAAUCAUUAUAAUGACAAUUAUUAUUAAGCUCUUCAGAUUUCCUGAUUUCUGCCUGUUUUUUGCCUUAUAAAAAAGAAUGAACCAAUUAACCAGUAUGACAUUCAAUUAGUAAUACACUCAUUUUGUAUUUCUACAGUGUGUUAAGCAUAUACAUUUUUAAAAUGCAUUCACUUCACCAAAGUUUACA